AUGCCUUCCCAAGUUCUCGACAUCAAGCAGUUCAUUGAGAUCUGCCGCCGCAAGGACGCUUCCUCGACAAAGACUGAUUUUUGGAUGCUGCUACAGNCUGCCCGUGUCAAGAAGACCAACGCCCAGCAGAUCAAGUUCAAGGUCCGCUGCAACCGUUACCUGUACACCCUCGUCCUCAAGGACCAGGACAAGGCCGAGAAGCUGAAGCAGCNNCUUACCAUCUCUGACGUCCCCAAGAAGAACCAGAAGGGCAAGCGCGUCGCCAAGUAA